AUGAAGAUUCUCACACUUAUACUUGUUCUCGCUGCCGUAAUCUUGGCUUCUGCUACAACAUCUCAGCUACAAGGUAGAUCUGACAUCCAGUAUUCCCAGCUGCAAAGGAGAUCCCCUUGCGACAGUGGAUACUAUGAAUGCACAGACGGUGAGGGCGAAUGUUGUCCAACUGGCGAGAAAUGUCUUCCUGGCCAUAAAUGCAGUGCUGGUAGUGAUUCUCCAAGCGGCCGUAGUGGCAUUAACGGCCGUAAUAGUGAUGGCACUGAAAACGGUGGUAGUGGCACUAACAGUGGUGGCCGUAGUUUAUUCAGCAGUACUUUAUCCAUUGAACUUCUGACAACGACCAUUGUCAUCCUACUUUAUAUGUUUGGUCAUAUGUAA